GCGGGCGCAACGCAAAGCAAGUGCAUGUUCCGUUCCGCUCGAUCGAUCCGGCUCUGAUUAUUACAGUAUAUGUAUGUGCCAUACGCUGACUUAAUCUGCUCCAAGCACCUAGCGCACACGUACGCUAGCUCCCCAGUCGAUCAGCGGAGAUGCGGAGCUCCGUCGCCUCGGCUGCGCUGCUGGUGACCUGCCUGGUGGUGGCGGCGGCGGCGAGGUCGACGGGAAGGACAACGCUCAGCGUCCUGUCGUUCGGAGCCGCGGGGAACGGGGUCACAGAUGACGCGCAGGCACUUGUAGCAGCAUGGCAAGUGGCAUGCCGAGUCCCCCGCGCCACCGUGCUAGUGCUCCCAUCAGGGCACCGGUUCCUCCUCUCGCCGGUCACGCUGCAAGGCCCCUGCAGCGCAAAACUCACCCUUCAGAUCGACGGCACCGUGUUAGCGCCACCGGAAAUGGGCUCCUGGCCGAAGCCCAGGAGGCCUCUGCAGUGGCUCAACUUCAAGUGGCUGCAAGGCUUCAGCAUUCAGGGAACCGGCGCGGUGGACGGUGGCCAGCAGAGUGCGUCACCAGCCAAUGCUUCUCAGACAUCUACGGGUACCGGGCACUGGCAUUCGCCAGGAGUCAAGCCUACGCUGAUAAGGUUCUACAACAGCUUCAAUGUCAGCGUGCGCAACAUCCGGAUCAGCAACAGCCCGCAGUGCCACCUCAAGUUCGACAGCUCCGGAGGCAUCAGGGUGAAGAACGUCACCAUCUCCUCCCCCGGAGACAGCCCCAACACCGACGGCAUCCAUCUUCAGAACACCAAGGACGUCGAGAUCAGGAGCUCGACCAUCGGCUGCGGCGAUGACUGCGUGUCGAUACAGACCGGGUGCUCAAAUGUCCACAUGAAGAACGUGGUCUGCAAUCCCGGCCACGGAAUCAGUCUAGGAGGACUCGGGAAGGACAACAGCCUGGCCUGCGUCUCUGACGUUGUUGCAGAGAACAUCGUCGUCCAGAACGCACUGUACGGGGUCAGGAUCAAGACGUGGCAGGGUGGCGUGGGCUCGGUGCGGAACAUCACCUUCUCCAACGUCAGGGUGGCGAACGUGGCCACGCCCAUCGCCAUCGACCAGUUCUACUGCGACAGGGGCGGCGCGCGGUGCGCCAACCGCACCGGCGCGGUGGCCAUCGCCGGCGUGGCGUACCGCCGCGUGGUCGGCACCUACACGUUCCAGCCGCUGCGCCUGGCGUGCAGCGACGCCCGGCCCUGCACCGGCGUCACCAUGCUGGACGUGCGCCUGUCCCCGGCGGCGGCCGGGGGCACCGUGGCGCCGCUGUGCUGGAACUCCUACGGCGAGGCGCGGGGCACAAUCAUCCAGCCGCUCAGCGUCGGCUGCCUGCAGAGGAGCAACGGAUACGCGAUGCCUCUCACCCAGCCUUUUAACUACACAUGUUGAGUAAACUACAACAACCAAGGACAAGGAUUGUUAUAAGUUCGAAAGCUUACUCUGUCUAGCUCUAUUACUCUUUUUUUUUCUUCUUCUUCUGCGUACCUCAAUUAAUUCUGGACUAAUUAGACUUCAUCAAUGUUCUGAAUGACUUUUAAAUCCAUCUAGCUUCCUUGAGCCUUUCUUGCAACUUCUUGGGUUCCAAUUCCAUAGACUGAGAUCAGGCCUUGAUUAUAUAUUAUUUUCAUGCAGAGGUAUGUUGGGUAUAAUAAUGCUUUCAAAAGCAUUCAAAGUUCCUCUACCAAUGAUUACAUUGUAAGGCUACUCCAUAUUCACAGUAUCAAAUGUGAUUUCUUCGGUUUUAGUGUUA